AGGAUGUCUAAUUUGUUGUUACUAGCAACCAUACUGGUCCUAGCAGGUAAAUACUUGUUAUUUCCUUAGCGUUUUAGCUAUAGUUUAGGCCAAAAUCUAUUUCAUUAUUCCGCUGGAUUAAUUUUUAUUCAGCCACUUUCGAACUGCACCGUAGCCGCUAUGAGCGUAGCGUCCAUUUUUUGUAAAAUAGAGUCAAUCAGCAUCAGUUAACGUAUAGCUAGGAAAGUAGAAUGAUGAUUAUAGCUAGGAAAGUAGAAUGAUGACUAUUGUAAAGCCCCCGCGGUCAAACUAGAAGAUGAGAGUUAACGUUGAAGAAAGUUGGCAGUCACGAAUUGUUAUGGGGACAUUUCAAGUUCUAGAUAAACAAAAUAAAGGCUAAAUGCAUGAGAGUUCCAAUUAUGUUAAAUAAAACGCUUGCACGCGUCGACAGUUAUACAUGUUGGGAAAGCAUGAACAGCUAACUAAGGUCGCGUGCCUUCCAUUGGACUGUCAGCCUCGUUUGAUCUGGGCUUAAAACAAAGUUGUUACAGAACGAGGGAUCUCUGACGGUCAUCCCCCUGAUUGCCCUGAAUAUAUAUAAUUAUGCAGUUUUGGAGCCUAUAUAACUAUGAUAGUUACUGUUGCCGUUUUCUGAAGCGAAUUUGAAACGGAAUUGCGCCCACAUGAUUGACCACAUUUUUGCACAAAAUUUCAGCAAUGUGCACGUGCAUGUAUGUUUGUAAAAUGACCAUGCACACUCAGGCAGGUUCUUUCCAGUAAUUUAACAGUAUAUUUUAAUUAUGAUUGACAAAAAAACAAACUUUAUUACACAUAUUUUGCCAGCAUAGAAAUGUCAAAUUUUGACUUGUAAUAUUUUUUACUCGAAUUUUAUAAAUUUUUAUGGGUGUUACACCCUACCCGCCUCUCCCACCAACCCCCCGCCUCGCUAUCUCCCUUCGUAUACCUAUAAAGGUAACUGAUAUUAUUUACUACGUAUAUAUAGCCCUUCUUUUCCAAUACUUCGCUGUGCUCAAGCCUGCUAAUAAUAAUAAAUAACUUGAAAUGAUUACUCAUGCUCCACUUUUAAAUUGCAAGAAAUAAUGGAUAACCAACUACUUCAAUGAAUUCUCCAUGCUAAAUUUCAGAUCUCGACCUAAAUUAUAAUACAAUUCAAAAUCUUGAUGAAUUUUCAAUUAACUCACACCCCCACCUUCCACUCCACUUCUUAAAAGGCAGCUCUUUGUUGUCCCAUGCAUGGUACGUAGAGUACAGUUUCCGUUCGGCACAUCAAAAAAAAAUUAUUACUCUGAGUAUGAGCUUGAUUCUUUUUAUUUGAGGUUUUUGCUACAAGAUACUACAAUAGUCGCAUAUGAUUCUUAUCCUGGCGUAUGUCCCCGAAUAAAUGCUAUACAGUUAUUUCAAUUAAGGUUGUCCCCGAGCAAAGCGGAAAAGUCGAAUACGAGCGCGAAAGGCUUGCUGGGAAUCGCUAAUAAAUUAAUAAAUUUUUAGCGAUUCCCAACAGCCUUUCGCGCUCGUAUUCGAUUUUUCCGCUUUGCUUGAGAACCUUAAUUUGAAAUAGCUGUAUUUAAAGAUUUCAAAUUUCACCGUCAACUGAACAGGAAUAGUGGCGCCAGUAGUCGUUUUCAUUCGCCAGAAUGACAAUCGUAUAUGACUAAUGGUAUCGUGUAAAUGUAUACCUGUCACGUGUAGGGGGAGUUACUACUUUUAAACUUUUUAAAUUUUGUAUUCUUUUUUAUUUUAAACUUAACCAUAAUCCCAACCCUAAACCUAACCAUAACUCUAAUCCUAACUCUGAUCCUAACCCCUUCCCUUUCCCAUAUUUGUAAGUGGGCCUUAACUGGUGCAUUUUUCGACGGAUCCCAGGAAUAUGACCCAAUUAAACCAAAACAUUACAUAAACGUAGAAAGUGAAGUGCUAUUAUAAAAAAUUGGAAACAAGUGCAUGUUGAACAAAUUGCAAAUGGAUGUUGGAACAAUUGUAACUCGGUGCGCUAUUUAAAGUGAAGAGAUCAAUACAUUAUUAAGCUGUGUAUUCUUGCACUAGUAGGACUAUUGGUCAAUUUGAGUGAUGCCGAUGUGUAUCUACACAAUCCCAGAGGUUCAAACAACCGCCUGAACGGAGCAGGCGUUAAUAGAGCAAAUAACAAUCGAAUGUUCAACUCUCAGGUGAGUUUCAACCCAAAUUAUAUUCGCACUCCCUUUGUUCAUAUAAUAAUAGACAUGCAUUUGAAUAUUGCAGCAUGUUAAACCCGAGAAACGCUAACGAGUUUUUGAAGUACAGUAAAGUUACCCAAUUUACGUAAAUCCAUAUCCCUUCGACCUACAAUAGCAGGCUUAACUCACAUGUAAGGUAGGGUCGCGCUAACCGUGCACAUUUUACAUGGCCUCCCGGGCUUCCGCGUUGUUCUUUGUAAACGCGCGUACGACUACCUGAACUUACGUUUUCAAGUAUUUCUAGAACAACGCCAAGGGUGGUUACAAUGUUGGUGAUAAAAAUCAAAGAUCAUACAGCGAGGAGACACAGUUUAAUAUGGUACGUAAAGAGCUGUAUGAUACAGCCUACUGA